AUGCAAUUCAGGCUUACCCCGCUCGUGCUUGCCAAUUUGGCUGCCGCCAUGGUGCUUCCUUCGCUUAACGGUUUUGACGUUGAAUCCGUCUUCGGUCAGAACGCCAUCACCGAAAAAUCCAAGGUGGCCAAACCAUUCGAAAAAACCCGUAACUCGCCAGCUCCUUUGGUCACUGGCUCAAAUGUGGCUCCAAACAGGUACAUUGUGGUGUUCAACGACGAUGUUGCUGAGGGCGACUUUGCCACCCAGAAAUCGUGGAUUACCUCGCUUGUGCAAUCCGCCAUGGGCAUCGAAGAAGGUGAAACCCUUGCCUCGUUCCAGCUUCCUUCCUUCCUGGGCUUGCUGGGCGCUUUCAACGAAGACGUCUUGAAGAAGAUCCAGGAUAGCCCCCACGUCAAGUAUGUGGAGGAGGACGGCGUGAUCGACCUCUACGGCACCAAGGUCCAGGAGGACGCCACCUGGGGUAUCUCCAGACUCUCGUCGCGUAAAAACGACCAGGUGUUGGACACCUACACCUACGAUCCUUCUGGUGGCGAAGGCGUCACUGCUUAUGUCGUGGACACCGGCGUCAAGGUUUCCGAGGCCGACUUCGAGGGACGCGCUGUGUAUGGUGAGGCAGUGGCCUUCCCUCACUUGCAGGUGGAUCUUCAUGGCCACGGCUCCCACGUGGCGGGCACAAUUGGCUCCAAGACCUGGGGUGUUGCCAAGCUGGUGGACAUUGUCGCUGUGGGCGUGAUGGGCCCAUUGGGAACCGGUUUGACCUCCGACAUCAUCAAGGGUCUUGAGUUCGUGGUGCUGGACCACCAGAAGAAGAUCAAGGAGAAGAAGAAGGGCUUCAAGGGCUCCACCGUGAACAUGUCCAUUGGCGGUGGUAUCAGUGACGCCUUGGACGCUGCAACCAACGCUGCUGUCAACUCGGGCAUCCAUGUGGUGGUUGCUGCCGGCAAUGACGAUGCUGACGCCUGCGAGUACUCUCCUGCCAGAGCCAGCGGCCCAAUCACCGUUGGUGCUGUCGACAAGUCCGACAACAAGGCUUCGUUCUCCAACUACGGUAAGUGCGUGGACAUCCACGCUCCUGGUGUUGACAUUGAGUCCGUUGGUCUUGUCAUCAACCCUGCGGUCAUGUCUGGUACUUCCAUGGCCUCUCCACACGUUGCCGGUUUGGCCUCGUACUUGUUGUCCUUGCAGCCAGGUUUGGGCUCCGAGUUUAACAGCAACCUCAUCAAGCCUGAUGACUUCAAGAAGAAGCUUAUCAAGUACGGCACCCAGGAUGUCAUUCACGGUCUCAGCGGUGACACCGUGAACGUUCUUGCCUACAACGGUGGAGACAAGCCAACCGAGAUUUGGAACUAA